AUGGGUGAAUCCAGGCAAGAACUUCUGGCAUGGUUGAACAACCUGCUCCAGUUGAAUAUCACCAAGAUUGAGCAGUGUGGAACCGGUGCUGCACUAUGCCAGAUUUUCGAUUCUAUUUUCAUGGAUGUGCCCAUGUCUCGGGUUAAGUUCAACGUCAACACCGAAUAUGCCUAUCUCCAAAACUUCAAGGUCCUCCAGAAUGUUUUUGCCCGCCACGCUGUCGACAAGCCGAUCCCCGUCCAAUCACUUACCAAAUGCCGCAUGCAAGAUAAUCUUGAGUUCCUCCAGUGGACUAAGAAAUACUGGGACCAACACUACCCCGGUGGUGAAUACGAUGCCCUUGCUCGGCGAAAGGCCUCCGGCGCUCCAACUACCGCCCCCGGCGCUGGUUCGCGUGCGCCCUCAGCCGGUUCGCGAGGCGGAGCCACUCCGACUGCGGGCGUCUCGCGUGGUCCCCGAGUGGCCGCCCCGGCGGGCGGUGCUGCAUCUGCGGCGUUGCAGCAGGAGAUUGCGACACAGAAGGAGGCCAUUGCUGGUCUCGAGAAGGAGCGGGACUUCUACUUUGCCAAGCUGCGCGACAUUGAGCUGUUACUCCAGAACGCCAUUGAUGAGAACCCGGAUCUGGAGAAGGAUGAAGACUCGUUGGUGAAGCACAUCCAGGGCAUUCUAUACUCGACUGAGGAUGGAUUCGAGAUUCCCGAAGCUGAGGAGGGCGUGGCUGACGAACUGGAGACGUUCUAA